AUGAACUAUCAGAUUCUGAAAGACUUUAUAAAGGCAAUAGUAAAGUCGGUUAAAAUUGGUCUGAAUGAAACCGAGUUCGGUGUGGCAACCUAUUCAAAUUUAAACAAGUUCCAACUACAUAUCAACUUCUCAUCCUACUCAAACACCUCAGAAAUUGUGGAGGCCGUGCAGAGAAUCCCUUAUGAUGCUGGCGAUACUUAUACGGGGAAUGGCUUAAAUCGCAUACGAACUAAACUGUUCUCACAAUCUAGAAAUGGAAUUCCGAAGAUUUUGAUUGUAAUAACUGAUGGGCAGUCCCAGGAUAGCGUUGAAACUCCUUCAAGCACUCUUCGUGCAAUGAAAGUCCACAUCAUGUCCGUAGGGAUCGGAGAUGUGGUUUAUGCAGAGCUGGAAAAUAUGGCUACAGAUCCAGACAACCAAAACGUAUUUACAGCAAAUUUUAGUUCAAUCCAUGAUUUUGUUGGAUCCAUCAUUGAAAACAAUUGUAGGGGUAAGUGCAAAAUGUCCCUGGGUGGAGGUGGUUAUUAAUGGGUGUUUCUUGAGGGAUUGGAGCCCCUACCCAUCUUAACCCAAAGGAAGCGAAAUUCGGACAUCUCGGAGCUACCAAGAGUUUUACAAAUGUUAUACCCCAUCUCAGUUCAGAAUAGAAGAGGUUGUUGUUCUUAUUGUUGUUAAAUCUCAACGCUGAUGAAUAUUAGUAAAACCUUGUAAACGUAAAACCGUAGUGAUGCGUUAUUAAUGUCUCGUACGUCACCUUCACUUUAGUUGCAGAUCCUUGUCAACCCCACCCUUGUCAGAAUGGAGGCACGUGUCAUGUUUUGGACGAUCUGCUGAAUUUCCGUUGCGAAUGCCCCGCUGGUUGGAAGGGAACAACUUGUGAAAUAGGUAGAACAAAACGAUAAGUCUGUUUUCACCACCCGUGUUCGACAACAGAACCAUAACGCCGAGUGAAAGCUGAGAAGAAUAUAACUGACGUUCGUUCUUGAUAAUAGAUUGAGCUAUUGGCCUCCAAAGCUUUACUAUAAUGUUUUGUUUUUUGGUCAUUUCAACUUUUUACAGAAAAAGCAUCUUUACGCUGAAAGUGGACCUGCUCGCGAACAGUCUUAAGUACGCUGUACAAUUCCAUUCUGAAAGAACAAGUAAGAUGUCCCAAUAGUAGGACAAAUCGUUAAUCAAUUAAAAAAAAGUAGAUCUCCGUUCAGAUAGCUCGGUAUAGGACAACAAUAGCAUUUGCACUGAAAACAUUGUAAACAGGCUAAUCUACGAAAUUGUCACUCACUUUGCUCGAACACUUUUCAGAUGUCGAUGAAUGUCAAAACAGCCCUUGCAUCAAUAAUGCUCUUGGAUGCUCGAAUACAGAUGGCAGUUAUGAAUGCAACUGUAACCAAGGCUAUACCGGAAGAUUUUGCCAGAUAGGUAGGCUAUUCCACUAUAUCAAUCAAUUGAACUUCCGAUUCUCAGGUUCCUCAUAGGUUUUGGGCAUUUAUUCCUUAGGUAUCCUGAAAAAUAGAUUUGACGUUGUUCUUCUUUUGGACGGUUCUUCCUCCUUGGGAAUUGCUCGUUUCCUACAAACCUUGUCUCUCGCAAAGGACCUCGUGUCACCUUACAACAUUUCUCGAGAGAACACAAACGUGGCCGGUGCAGUCUACGCAUACAACACCACCAUCCACUUCAACCUCACACAGUAUUUCAGCUACGCAGCUGUAUCUUCCGCAAUUGAUCUAAUUCCCUACCUCGACCAGUUACCCGCAAACCUUUCGUUGGCUAUGGAAACCGUCAACAGAACGAUCAUCUCGUCCAGCCGAGAGAACGUCACAGUCGUGAUAGUGGUUUUCGUAACCACCGCCUUGAGUGAAAAUUGUCCAGUGUGUCAGACACUUCGAGACCAAGGAGUCAAAAUAAUCACGGUUGGUAUUGGUGAAGAUGUUGUAGACAGUCAACUGGUAUCAAUAGCCACCAACCCAGCCGAAGAUUUCGUAGUGCUUUUCCCCUUUUUGCACAUUCCCACGAUGUCAGGGGUUGUAAGCGGAGCAAUUGCUCAAGGUAAGAGAUUAUCUAAUUAG